AUGUCGGCGAUAGAUGAACGAUCUCGUGGCCGAUACCUUCAGUGUCCAAUAGGAAAGCUGCCUGACAUUGCUGCGUUGCGAGAUCGCGGUGCUUUGCCGCCGCCUACGCCAUGGUCGGCGUCUGCGCUGGAAGACAUGGAAGCCCCUCGACGGCAAGCGUCCGUUGACGGUGAAGCUAUCAAGAUUGUGAUCCAUGACGUUGAUUCGGGGCCGACAAUUCCGGUUGCGGCAGCCGCCAAACGGAGACUCAAGGGAUCAGGAGCCAAGUCACCAGGCGGCGACCUCGACUGGCGCAACAGGUCCGGAAUGCGAAGUGGGGCAUGUAGUCGUUCGAAUUCACCGCCUAGACGCGGCGAGGAGUUUAUGGCUAAUAUACCGUCAAUCCAACGAACUCCCGCUUCUCGUAGACAAUCAGUGCGAAUAACGAAGCAGCACAGUUACGAUGAGGAACUUAAAAGCGCUGGAGGUGCAGGAGGACAGACGGCUGGCGGUUUGCCGGGUGGACGAGAUAGUGAAGGAGGCACAGGACUUGGAUUGCCUGCGCCCAUACCUAGAAGAGCAUCCGCUUAUGAUGUGUAUGCACCGGGAGUUAUGCAGACAGCUCAGCGUGCAGCCGCACCUGAAGAAAGGGGCCCCUCACCUGUCGGCCCACGACGAGCUUCUUUCCGGGUAGCUCCCGACGAUACGCCCGGUCCUCAGAAAGAUUCUUCGCCAAGUCCCGAUGGAGGCAUGGCGCCCUCAUUAUUUGUUGAUGAAGACAGACGCACACGGAGGAGGGGCAGUCAACUGCCUGACAUUGCUGCGUUGCGAGAUCGCGGUGCUUUGCCGCCGCCUACGCCAUGGUCGGCGUCUGCGCUGGAAGACAUGGAAGCCCCUCGACGGCAAGCGUCCGUUGAUGGUGAAGCUAUCAAGAUUGUGAUCCAUGACGUUGAUUCGGGGCCGACAAUUCCGGUUGCGGCAGCCGCCAAACGGAGAGUUGUCUUAAGGCGAGACCCAGCGGACAAAACACAUCGUACGAGAGGCUUUGGAAUGCGCGUGGUUGGUGGAAAAACAGGAGUUGAUGGGAGACUUUUUGCGUACAUCGUAUGGACUGUUCCCGGAGGACCAGCGGACAAAGGAGGUUUGCAACAAGGAGACAAGGUGCUCGAAUGGGGUGGAGUGUCACUUUCAGAUCGAACAUUUGAAGAAGUAUGUGCGGUAAUGGAUCGUACAGGCGACGUGGCGGAACUGCUCGUAGAGCAUGCAACUGAUUUUUGCAUGCGCGAUUUGCUAGAGGAUGCGCCUGGGCCAAGGAAAGGUCAGCAGCAACCCCAAACAACCGGCGCGCCGGAAGGUGCUGGCGGUUUAGUAAUAGAGAGCGAAACUGAAGGAAAAUCUCCUACUUCACCUACAAGGCGGAAACUACCAAAAACACCGGAGCAAAUAGCAAGGGAAAAACAAGUAUCUGGCCGUGCCCAAUUGCAAGUAUGGUACCAUGAAGAAAGACGAGAGCUGGUUGUUUCAAUGAUGGCUGCGGACGACUUGGCGGUCCGAGACGACACCUUGGGUCAUGGUUCGUUACCGGAGGCAUAUGCUAAGCUACGCAUAAUGCCAGCUACAACAGAUAUGAAAGGAAAUCAACUUGAUACAUAUGACUUUUUCUUGACAUGGUGA